AUGUCUGGAUACUAUCGGCGACCAUAUCAAGCUUUCCCGACUGGUCCUCAAGGCUGGCAUCGAACACAACAACGCGCACAAAAUGGGUACGGCAAGCCAGUUCAGCGACAUCAAUCGCCGCCAAGUCGGCCGCAUGGUGCGGAGUCCAGACGCUGGAACGGUUCAGAGCUUUACGAUGACCUUUAUGACGACAAUAUGAGCGAGAACACCCUCAACGAUCGCUCUGGCAGCACACGGAAUGAUCCAUACGAUUCAUCCCCCCUUCCAAGGGGGAUGAGUAGUCAAGAUGUUUAUAGUGCAGGUCUCAGGAGAUCAGCAGACUGCAUUGGACAGCGUGACUCGGCUCAGGAGAGGCCAAAACCCGUAAUCCGUUAUGAUUCGGAGUUUCAUAAAUCCAAGUACCACUAUUUUGAUCCGAUUGCGAGGCGGCUCAUUCAUCAGGAUGAGAUGUCUUCCUGGAAGAAGGACCCGACACUGCCUCCUAACGGGUAUGUGAUUGCUCAGGAGUCUUACGGAGGUCAGCUGCGAUCAGUCAUGAAAGGCAGACAUCCCGAACAGAAAAGCGUGGAUCCCAGGCCCAGAGCGAUUUCCGGAACUUCGUUUCGGAAGCUGAGGAACAAAAUGCUGGCUGUUUCGCGUAUACCGUACGAUAAGUAUUCGGUAGGCCCGCCUCCGCCGAUCGAGAUUGUCAUAUCGCCGGCAUCCGAAGUAGGCAUCAUCAAUGACAUCUCAGUAAAGAACUACUUUAGGAAAUUUGGUGAGAUCUCCCAUUUUGAAGCCUUCAACGAUCCCAACAAUGCAUUACCUCUUCACGCUUACUUGGUGCGAUACAACCAUCCUGAGGGAAGGAUCAAUGAAGCCGUGCAGGCAGCAUACAAGGCGGUCAAAGAGCACGAUAGCAGGGGUUGCGUAAUUUUAGGCUCCAAGUUUCAUGUUGCGCUAAACAAGGGUAGCAUCUUAGAGAAGAUUAUCUCUGAUCUGGUAAACAAGAAUAUCCAAAAAGCAAAGAGGAUUAAUGAUGAGUUGAAAAGACAAAAGGAGCAACUGUUGAAAGCGUCAAAGCCCGCCAAAGAGGUCGAAAAGGUGAAAGAUCAGCAAAUUUCUCGCAAGAGGAUUCCUUACGACCUAGCGAGACAAAUCAAUAACCGUCCAGUGCUCUGCAUCUCAAAGUUUUUUGCCAAGAAUCACGGCUUCCGAGUGGAGGAGUUUAAGAUGAUGUUGCGUAAGUACAGAUGGACCCGUAUCAUUGAUCAUCCUGCCGGCAUCUUCGUUGUAUUUGACGAUGAGGAGUUAGCAAAAGCAUGCAUGAACACGGAAUCAGGGAGGAUGACAAUGAUAUCACGAACAAAGAAUAUUCCAGUUGAGAUUAAUCUACGACUGAUACCUGCCAGAGCAGAAGUGACGAUCGAUAGAAACCAAACUGCCAUCCAAGCAGUGCCUAAGGCCCCUAAAGUGAGAACUUAUGCCUCGAGGGAAGCACUUAUCGAGGCAGCUACAAACUACGUCAUAGAGGACCUGGAACGAGCAUUGCACGUCGAUUUGAGAAAAAGAGUGAUAGGACCGACAGUUUUCGAUACUUUGAAUCCUUCUAAUUUCCCAGAUUUACUAGCCAAAAAAGAGACUAAAGAAAGAGAAAGAAGAGAAGCUGCUUUGAAAGCGGCUGAGGAAGCUAAGAAAAAGCAUUCAGUGCACAGCGAUUUUGAUGUAUUCAACCUGUAUGGAAGCAACGCACAAAAGAGCAAAUAUAAUUCGCUCAAGAGAGGAGCUUUGGACUCACUGGAUUCGCUGGCGACCAGGAACCAUAAGCGUCCUAAGCUUGUCAAACCGAUGGCUCAUCUGUUGAACGAGGACUCGACUUCAAAGGAACCGACUCCUUCAGCUAUCUCCUUAUCGCCUUCAUACGGAACAGACGAGGAGGAGAAUUUUACUGAUUAUGAAGGUACAAGUGACAUUGAUAUGGAUCAAAAAGACUUAGCCUUUAGAGCUAAUGUCAAAGAAGAUACAGAGGCAACUACACCGGAGCUUGAUGCCAUUGGGAGGACUGCCCUGUCCUCCGCUAAGGCUGAUGAAUUAAUGAAAAUUCCUCUCUUAUACAGACCACGGGCAAGCAAAAUUCCUGAACCCAUCUACAGCGACGAUAGUGCCUCUGGACAUCUAAGCUUGAAGGCACUGCAAGCAACAGUGAAAGAUGAAGAAGAUUUGAAGCUGUUGCGGAAAGUAGUCGGUGUUGAGGCGGCAAAUGAGGCUCAAUCCGACCCCAAACUGCAGUAUAAAGUUUGGAAACUUCAUCUGCUUGAAGAUAGCGAAAGCUUCGUUGAGGAUGCGCAGCUGAGAUUUAACGAGGUUUCUUUCAUUGAAGAACUACGAAGUAAGAGCGGAUCUUUCAAGGCUGAUGGGUUCAGAAAAAUACCGGAUACUCUGAAGUCAUAUUAUCUUCCCCAUCGUCGGAAGAUUCACCAGCCCCUUAACACAGUCAAUGUUCACAAUGAAAGUCAGGACGGAACGCCUGAAGUUAUUAAAGAAGAAUCAGAGAGCGCAGAAGUUAGUGAAUCGACACCUCAAGAGCUUUCAUCAUCCAGAGAUAACAGAGCAUCGAAUAGAAGGUUUCAGCAGGACAUUGAAGCUCAGAGAGCCGCCAUAGGCACAGAAUCGGAGCUACUAUCAUUGAACCAACUGAACAAGCGCAAGAAGCCGGUUACUUUUGCUCGCUCCGCCAUUCAUAAUUGGGGUUUGUACGCCCUGGAACCUAUCGCUGCCAAAGAAAUGAUCAUUGAAUAUGUUGGCGAAAGGAUAAGACAGCCUGUGGCGGAGAUGAGAGAGAGAAGAUAUAUUAAGAAGGGCAUAGGAUCCAGUUACCUGUUCAGAGUGGACGAGAAUACCGUUAUUGAUGCCACCAAAAAGGGUGGUAUUGCUCGUUUCAUCAACCACUGCUGCGAUCCAAGCUGUACCGCGAAGAUAAUCAAAGUCGGCGGGAUGAAGAGGAUCGUCAUCUACGCCCUACGGGACAUUGCGGCCAAUGAAGAGCUGACAUAUGAUUACAAGUUUGAGCGAGAGACAGAUGAUGAGGAGAGACUGCCGUGCCUGUGUGGUGCGGCCUCAUGUAAAGGGUUUUUGAAUUAA